AUGUCCGAGGAUUACAGAUUAGUAGUGGUGGGUCCUCCGUCGGUUGGUAAAUCUGCUCUGACAAUUCAGCUGAUCCGUGGAGAGUUUCUGACUGAGUAUGACCCAACAAUUGAGGAUUCCUAUAAACAUCCCUGCGAGAUAGACGGCGCGCCGGUAAUGCUGGACAUCUUGGAUACCGCAGGACAGGAAGACUACUCAUCGAUGAAAGAAUUGUAUAUGAAGACGGGGGAAGGGUUUCUGUUAGUUUUUGCCAUAAACAAACGAUCAUCUUUGGAAGAAUUGAAGCCUUUUUACGAUCAAAUAGUCAGGGUGAAAGAGGGGAUGCAAUCAGUCCCAAUGGUUCUGGUGGGAAACAAGUCUGAUGUUGAAGAUUCCAAGAGAGAGGUCAGUCGAGACGAAGGAGAGGCUUUGGCCCGUCAAUUCGGUUGCCAGUACAUCGAGACUAGUGCCAAGACCAAUACUAACGUUAAAGAGGCCUUCUAUAAUGUGGUGCGAGCCACCAAAAGUAUUAAGGAUACAAACCAAACAGGAAUUGACACAAGUGUGGAUCGUUCAAAGAACCACGAGAAACCUACUGUUCGGGGCAAUGCCACUGCCCCUGCGUCUUCGUCAGACUCUUCAUCAUCGGGAUGUUGUAUAGUGAUGUAG